UCAGAUCCAAGUUUCCUCAAGCCGGCUUUGCACUGUCCGCCCUCCAAUCUGACGUCCUUCCUCGGUCGAGUUCAAGACGUUUCUGCCGCACAGACCUCCGUCGGUUCGGGCAUCUCGACCGGCCUAUUUCCGUCUUCCGCCGGCCCGUCCAUCUGCCCGCCGAUUUGUCUGUCCCAGCUCCGGUCGCCCAAGCCUGUGUGGGACCAAAUCGUGUCGUCGGGUCUGCCGCCCAAUCACACAACGUCCGGCCAGCCCGACGACCAUUUGCCCGUUCUGGGUGGAUCGGACUGCUGGGCGCCAGGACGACGUGCGACUCUGUUGGAGCCGGCCUCAUCCUCGUCGUCGACCUACUCGCCCUUGACGUCGCCCUGCUUCGCUUUUUCGCUGCAUCCCGCCUCGGCCGUCUCGCCGUUGUCCGGUACCGCAUCAGCACCCACGUCCUCUCUCGAGCCGGGCGCCCGGCCAGUCGACAGUCCCGACGCGUCGAACGGCGAAGCCGUCGGUCUCGAGAGCCAGAGGGUGGGCGGCGACGACCAGUCGACCGGUGGCCGGUUGCUAGGGGAUACCGAGGUGCUGGCGACUCCUACGACGGUCGGCGGCGGCCGACGUGGCGCCGUCGUGUCGGCCGAGGACAACGGAUUGACGGAGGUCCACCUUCACGGACAACGCCUCGUCUGUCUCCGGAUGGACGGCCAGGAUCGUCUCUGUCUGGCCCAGAUCUCGGCCACUCUGCUUCGCGACUUCUCCUACAACGAGAUCCACAACCGCCGUGUCGCCCUUGGCAUCACGUGCGCCCAGUGCACACCCGCACAACUCGAGGUGCUACGGCGGGCCGGCGCCAUGCCGGCCUCAUCACGACGCUGCGGUACCAUCACACGACGGGAAGCGGAGCGUCUGGUCAAGUCGUUUUUAGACGAGAUCCUGCCGCCCAGACUGCCGGAUCACUUUGCUUUCGAUGUUAUGCACCAAUGCGGCUGGGGAUGUUUUGGCAGUUUUGUGCCAGCUCGGUACAACAGCUCGCGGGCAAAAUGCAUUCGGUGCACCUUCUGCCAGGUGAACAUCUGCCCGAUUGUGACGACCCGAUUUUAG